GUCCCAUAAUGGGAAAAUGAGCUUGAUUGGAGACUUGUGUCAUUUUUGUAUCAAGUGUUUCCAUUAAAACGUGUGCAUGGAUGCAGCACACAGCUUCUCCCCUUCUUUCUCCAUUCCACGUCCUCCUCUAUUUUCGCCUCUCCAUCAGUGCAGUCGGCCACAGACCGUGCUGGAGCUGAGGAAAUGGAUGGGGAGUCUAUUUAUAGAAUGAGGGAAGGAGGGCAAACCAAAAGUAAGCUGGAGAGAGAGAGAGAGAGGGUAGGGUGGGAGCAGGAGGGAGUGUGGGAGGCGGAGGAGAGAUGUGAGGAGGAGACAAAUCUCCAUUCCACCUCUGGCUCUGGACAGAGACAGCUGAGCUACAGCGUGGCAUCACCGGAUCAGAAUACAGAACCGGGGAAACAACAACGAAGAUCAACACCGAUGCAGAGGGACGUUUAAAAUUGCAGGAGAGCAGAUUUAAAAAACAAACAAGCAAAAAAAAAGAGUGGACUCUACAAAUCUGGAAGCAGCUAUGCGGCCACGGUCCAAACUGCUGUCCAAGAGGAGACUCAUACUGCCCACCAUCACGGAGGGCAACGAGGAGACACUCAAGGAGCUGAACGGCGUCAACUCACUCCACAACAGCGAUCAGAGCCAGGCCGUUUCCUCAGAGGACUACCUCCUUUCCAUCUGCCACCUGGCCCGCCCAACCAGAGACGUUUCCCUCGACAGCCUCCACACACAGCAGCCCAACGCCGUCCUGCGGAAGCUGAGGCCAUCACAGCUCAUCAGGACCACGUUAACGACUUUUGAUUUGAACCUGACAGAGGAGGCACGGGUGACUCUGGAGGAGCAGGCAGAUGAGGGCGAACUGAACAAAUCAUUGAUGUGCGGCAACGCCGACCCUCUGGAGUAUCUGUACGGACACCAGAACAACAUUUCAGCGAUCUCCGGAAGUGUGAGGAGGCGGUUUGGAAGGCAGCAUGGGAGAGCGAGCGGCGCUGAGUCGGGUUUGGAUUUCCCCUGCCAGCACAGAAGCUCUGAAACGCACACAAACAGUUCUGCCCUAAAUGUCUCCCCAAAACACAAUAGGUCAGAGGUCAGGAAGGUAUGCCAGGAAGGCCGAGGAGCAGACGGGGAGAGACUGAGUCCGGAAAUCAAACAGUCUCUUAUUUCUCAGUGGAUCUCUGACUGCAGGUCAGCUUGGAGGGAGGCGCGCGCACGAGCGUGCGUGCUGCCAGCCAUCGCUGAGGUUUAGGCGUGGCCUGGAGCGCCAUUCAGACAUUCUCCUAAACAUUUUCUGUACCAUCAAUGUAUGACACGGUGUACGUACUUUUAUGAUUGCCCUUCUGUCGAGAUUCAUCAGGGUUACUUUUUUUUUGUAACGUUGUUGCUCUUCGUGUUUUUGCUGUUGAUCCCAAUGAGCCAAAAAAUAAAUAAAUUAAUAAAAUGGAAAAAUGUGCAGCAAAUGUUUUACAUUGACUAGUAAUUUGUGACUAAUAAACUCAUCUUUUGAUA